AAAUGUAAAAUGGAGAUCAAGUAAGGUGUCUGCCGAUCUUCAAAAAUAUUUCCAAGUUCAUUAUACCGAGGAAAACGUUGAUUUUCAACCAUCUACAUUCCACAGAGGCAGGAUAUUUAUACUUCAAUGCCGGGUAAUGUACUUGGGCGAGGCUGACAUUGUGCUUGGGGUGGACAACGUGCAGAAGAUGCUGGCUAGGUUCUACAAGUUGGUGAACAAUAACCCGACUUUGGGUCUUAUCCCCACACUACUCUUUCACUCAAGCGAUCUCUCCCAACCAUACUUCGACCAAGUCCAAAGCUUGUCUGUUCUGGAAUUUAGUAUUCCGAUAAUUCCGAUCGACAGUUUGGAUCAAAUUCCACAAAUUCUAGAAAGAUUUAAGGUCUCAACUCGACUCAAGAACCCUUUAAAAACCGAUAAAUUGAGUGGGCUCCAGGUAGAAAAGGAGAUGCUACUGGCGCUCAUAAAUCUUCCAAAUGUAAAAGAAAAAUCGGCGAGAAGUUUGCUAACCCGGUUUGGAAGUGUGCGCGGUGUGGCGGGAGCAAGUGAGGCGGAAUUAGCGACUGUAAUUGGAACCAAUCAAGCACGUGGUCUGUACAGCUUCAUAAACAGGAAGAACACUAUUUAGAAAUAUGAUUUGAGGCUGAUUUUAUUUUAUUGGUAGAAGUAGAUAUUUUUUUAAAAUUAUUUAUCUGUAACUAAUUUUCAGAUCCAAAAUGUACUGGAAGUAUAGUUUGGAAGAAAGUGGUGUACUGUGUAAUGAUAUUCAUUCUACCAGACCUUGGAUUUUAGUCGGAUUUAGAAGUGGGUAUGCUAGUAUAAACGAUUAUGAAACACAAGAAAAAAGGCUGGAUUUAAAAACUCAUGCAGGUCCUGUUCGAAGCAUCAGUUUCCACCCUACUCUCUCAUUGUUUCUCACUGGAUCUGAUGACUGUACAGUUAAAGUAUGGAAUUAUGAAACACAGCGGUGUACUGUUGUAUUCAAAGGACAUUUAGAUUAUGUACGAAAAGUCAUCUUUCAUAAAGUGUAUCCCUGGGUGAUUUCUUGCAGUGAUGAUUCAACAAUUAGGUUUUGGAAUUGGAUGUCACGUGAUAGCUUAUGUACUGUUACCGGACAUAUUCACUGGGUUACAGACAUAGAUAUUCAUUACGAAAGAGAUAUUUUGAUAUCUUGCAGUGUUGACAAUACAGUUAGGGUUUGGGACUUUUCAUCUCUAAGGAAUCGUACAGCAAAAAGGUUAGUUGCAGCAGAAAACACCCUCUAUUUCCCUGUGAUGGGGAAGACUGGCAAUAGGCGUCGGGCUAGACGGGUCGAAAAUCGCGGUAAUUUGCAAAGAACAGUAGCAGUGCCUAGCAGCAUUAACUACAUUUCAAACUCUAAAUUCUGUCAAAUGGUAUAA